CUGGGGAAUAGUUAAGAACUCUUGCACUUAAACGUUCCUGAAGCAGAAAGAAUUUUUUAGUCCUAUCAAUAAGGCGUGUUACGCUAUAUUUAUUAUAUAAAUCUGUGGGUAAAUGCAUUGGUAAAAAUUUUGAUUUAAGUUGUUUCACUGUUUUAUUACAAUUGUUUUUAUAUUUCGUAAGAUUAAAAAAAAAAUUGAAAGAAACAUUCAAAUUUGUUAAAACAACGUAACGAAAAAGUUGUUAGCGUUGUUGGAUCAACACUUUUAAUUGUUUUAAUUGUACGUUAUGGUAAAAGAGUUUAUCUAAAGCACGAUUUCUUCUUUUUAAAAUUAUGAAUUUAAGUGAUACGUAUUAAGCAUUACCUUACAUUAUUGGAGAUAUAUUUCACUUUUCUUGUUACAGACGGAUAAACGUAUGGACACAGCCAAGCUUGUUGCGCGACAGCAACAGAAUUAGCAUGCGCUUAAUUCGAAUAACUUUUUUUUAAAGUGUGGCUUACCAUGCUGGACAUCAACAAUAAUAAUAUAAGCUUUAAAGUGAAAACCUUACGAGGCUCAAUUUUCAAGGAUAGGCAUGAUUACAUAAUGUUGCUUAAUCCAAAAAAUAAUUUCAUUGGUAAUUGUUACUAAACGCAUUUUCGCUAGCAAAAUAUUUUUUUAUACAGACAAUAAUUAUGUCAUUUUAGAUGAGUUUAUCAUAAAUGUUUGUGCGCGUUUACCAAGGAAAAAAAAUGUUUGCUGUGAAAACACAAAAUUGCAUUUCAAAAAAAAAACUGUACUGUACUAUUACGAUCCCCAGUACUUUUAUAAUUUUGAAAUAGUUUUAUGCAAUUUAGCCGCUUAAAUAUUGUGUUCUUCCCACUGUAAAUUCUAUGUCUUUCUCUCUCAGGGUUAUAAAAACAUACAGUCGUAAAAGCAACUAAUUACGAAAAGAUAAACGGAAAAAGUACAGUUAAUCAAGAAGAGAUAAUGGAAGGAUAUGAUGUAGAAAUUGUUGGUGAUGUUGGAGCUGUAUUUAAAGAUGCUUAUUGUAUUAUUUGUUUGAAGUUGAUGCGUGAUGCUAUUCAGAUGAACUGUGGACAUGGAAUGUGUAAAUCAUGUUUUCAUGCAUUAAGCGAAUCAUGCAGACACAGAAACAUUGAGUUGGUUUGUCCAUCCUGUCGACAAAAUGUCAAUAAGGAUCAAGUAUUUCACAACUCAAUGCUUGAUAGAAUCAUAGCUGCAAUAAAAGUGAAAUGUACAAAUAAUCAACUUGGUUGUGAAUGGAAUGGAGAAUUGCAGAUGAUGGAGGAUCAUCAGUCUACUUGCAAAUAUCAAAUGGUAGAAUGUCCGUUUGAUGGAUGUAAUGAUGAAAUGCAAAGACAAGCAUUACAUAAACACAAAUCAAUUUGUGAAUAUAGAGUAAUACAAUGUGAUUAUUGUACUGAAUCAUUUCUUCCAAAUGAACUUCAAAAUCAUUUUGAAGUUUGUGAAUAUUAUCCUGUUACAUGUUCAAAUCAUCUGUGUUCAGAAUUGGUUCCAAAGUGCAAGAUUGAAAAUCAUCUUUUAAAAGAUUGUUUAUACCAACUCAUUGAUUGUUCAUUCCAUUCAAUUGGCUGCUCUGUAAAGGUCUUACGUAAAGAUUUGAAUCAACAUUCGAUGGAGUACAACCAACAACACAUAUUGUUCUUAUUAGAAGAUUCUCACGAAAAGAAUAAAAUAAUUGAACAACUACAAGAUGAAAACAAAAUGAUUAGAUUAGAAGCUGCUGAAAGUGAUCAAAAAUUACUCACAAAGAUUGAAGUAUUAGAAAAAAACAUCACUUCUGUAAGAGAAGAAGCUGAAGUCACUGAGAACAAACUGAAUGAAUGCGAGGAACAAUAUGAAAAUGUCAUCUCAAAGUUAAAAAAUAUUGAAAAAAAAUUUCAAACAUUAACAUGUCUUACUCCAGAUGAAUUAACUGGAAGUUUUUCUGAAAAACUUAAAGGGUGUGAAAAGGAUGGAGCAUUGGGGAAGCAAAUUGAAGACUGCGAGCUUGAAAAUAAAAGGGAAAAAGAUUUAGUUAUCUUAUGCGCAGAAACAUUUGGUACUCAUGACAAUGCAUUAGAUUCUAUUGUUGAUGAAUAUAACAUUUCACACAAAAAAAGAUCUGAAGAAUGGACCUCACAGGAGUUAGCGAUUAUUUCUGGUGUCUCGCAAACUUUAAAAGGCAAAGUGACUUUGCCAUCAACAUAUUGGGAUAGUGUUAUUGAAACAUUGAAACGAAGUUCCAAAGUUGCGAACUUUCAACAAAUUUCAAAAAUAGAGCAAUUUUGUAAUUACUUGAAAUGUUUUCAAGGGAGAAACAUUGAACGUUUUGGAAACGAAAAUAAUAUUGUCCAGGUAAAAAAUCGCGUGUACAUUAAAUAUCGAUAUUCUGAUUUGACUGUUUUUUAUAACAACAUUAAAAUUGGUGAUCGUAAGUACCUUGUGAAGGCGCAAAACACAAGUAUAGAUGUGGCUGGCAACGGAAUAAAUGAUGUAUGUUUGAUAAAUAGAGUUGGCAAAACAGCUAAAUUACGCUAUUCUAAAAACACGCAGGUGUAUCAAAGUGAUUCUUACGUCAAAUUAAAAGAAGAAGAGUACAUUAUAAAUGAUUUGUUUCUGUUAGAAAUUAUUCACUGCCAUUAUAAGAAAUUAUCAUCCUUCCUAAUGUGACGACAUAGACACAGUUAUUUAAAUAAUGUGACUAAACUUCGAUACUGUCGCACAAAAUGUGAACUGAUCCAUACUUUUUUAAAGUCAUUUAUAGUAUCACUUUUCAAAUAUCAUGAUUUCCGAAGACUCUUAUCACUCGGCGAAAAGCUUCUUCUAUAAGCAUAAACGCAAUGUCUUAUUAAGUUUAUGAUAAAUGUCUUAAGGUAAAUAA